AAUGACAGAUGCCUGUGGUGGGUUUUUCUGUGUUCGUGCGAGUUCAGGAGAAGUAUUUGCGGUAUCUCAGCUGUAGAGAUCAGCAAAAAAGACAAGUCGUGCCACAUAGAAAGAAACCUCUAUCUCUCUUCCUUUCUCUUGCUCUAUGUCUCAAGGAUCAUCUGGAUAAAGCAAUUGAGCUGAAACCUGAAGAUCCUCUGUCAUAUUACUUGCUGGGCCGCUGGUGUUAUGCUGUGUCACAAUGUACGUGGAUAGAGAGGAAAAUCGCUGCUACUUUGUUUGGAGAGCCACCCAGUGCCACAGUCCAGGAUGCCCUGCAGAACUUUCUCAAGGUAGAAGAGAUCAGUCCCAAGUAUUCAAAAUUCAACUAUGUGUUUUUAGCCAAGUGUUACAAAGACUUGGGUCAAAGGAGUCAAGCCCAACAGAUGUGUGACGCUGCCUCUGCAAUGAACAUUCAGACUAAAGAGGAUGAGGAGGCACAGAAGGAAUUGGACUCUUUUGUUGCAUCACUUUAACAAGUCUCCUACAAAAGCUGUCUGUCUUUGUGUUCUGUCUCUUUGAACUCGACUGUGACUGGACUGUAGCCGUUUACCCACAAACCAACAUAUGAGCUACUAAUGUUGGCCAGGCCACGUUAUUCCUCUAAAAAAGGGGAGACCAGCAGCAAUAUAUUGUUUAUUUUUAGUUUAUGCACAAAAUACUGUAUGUGUUUUGCAGGACAGUUUCUAUUUAAUUUUUUUGUCUCUUUUUUUUCCCCCCACAGAACAUUUUAGACAUCAUAAUAGUUGCAAUACACAGCGUGGCUGUCACCUAUUGAAACCACAGUGACCAUCAGUGGUUGCUGUUGAAAUUAAUUUAGAAUGAAUUACACUCAAAAAUGAAAUUUUGCUGAAAAUCUACU